UGCUGCUGCUGCUGCAUCCGCCGCGCGCCGCAAGGACUUCUCUCUCCUUUCCUGCCUCGCCAUGCUCGCGCUGCUCUUCUUCCUGCUGCUGCUGCUCCCCGUGGCCUCGACGGCUGCUUGCCCGCACCUUGCUGCUGCUUCUGCUGCUUCCCGGGGCUCUGGCUGCAAGGCGUCGUCCUCGUGCGCGGAGGGCAAGGGCUGUGCGGGGCUGGUGCGCGCGCCGGGGGAGCCGUGCGGCGUCUACACUCCGGGAUGCGCCCCGGGAUUGCGCUGCGUGCCGCGGCCGGGAGAGAGGACCCCGCUCCACGCCCUGCUCCGCGGACGGGGCCUCUGCUUAGAAGGAGCAGCAGCAGGCAGGAGGAACCGGACCCAGGAGCAGCACCAGCAGCAAGAACUCCACGCAGGUGAGAAUCAUGGAGCAAGUCACUUCACUCCAGAGCCACUUCGCUUGCAUAGCCAGGAUCCACUACAAGAGGCCUCUGUUGGUAAAGCCCAGCUAGAGCAGCUAUCCGUCAACAGCGAUGCCAAAGAGGACCUUGAUACGGCUCCUUGCCGAAUGCAUUUGGCUGCCAUCUUACAGGAGCUGAAGGCCCCCCUUUACCUGAAUGGUGAAGAUAUCUUCAUUCCCAACUGUGACACCAAAGGCUUCUACAGGCGGAAACAGUGCCUGGCAUCCAGAGGGCAGAAGAGGGGCCAGUGCUGGUGUGUGGACAAGCGAGGCCGCCGGCUGGAGGGACAGGACGAAAACCCGCUUUGCCUGCUUGCCAACAGUGACUGAGUGGGGUGGCGGAGAAGACGCACCGCACUCUAGUGACAGGGACUCUCUGACCAAGAGUAAUCUCUAUACUAGAAUGGUCACAGAAGUGUUUGUUUUUAACUUAUUGUGUGGCUGAUGCCUUGUUGGGCUCCUGCCUGCCCUAGUAUAACCUUGGAGCAGUUAUCCUGCCUGACAAACAGCCCACAAAAAAGGGAGAAGAGCCCUGAAUGGCUGCACCACAGCAAUAGCAGACAGGCGGCUUCAUUCUGACUGCAUGACUGAAGAUGCUUUAUUGUAUAAGCUAUUGGGUUGCACUGCAAAGAUGCACUGGCUGGUGGGCAAGCUAUUCUCUUUGGUAGACGUAGCAUGUAUUCCCAGUGCUAACCCUGCAGGCAAAUAAGACAGCUAAAUAUUGGGAGCGGUGUAUGUAUAGUUCUCAAGGGAGCAUUGCAGGUGAUUUUAUGAGGUGUGUGGUAAGGAUAAGGUAUAAGCUAAUGCCAGCCUGGAUGUAUUUAAGCACCUUUCGUAUUGAAGUAGUUGCAAUUCAGAACUGAAAAGGCUAGAUUGUGAAAAGAGACACUUUUAGAAAUGGAGACCAUGGUAUACUCAAGAGGGCUAAUAUGGAGGGGAGGGAAAUAAACCUAUUGAAGUGCCUCUGUAUUGCUGCCAAGACCCUACAUACAGGAAAGUCUCCUGGUCUCUUCACCCUUCCUCUCAAGCAGCUUAUGGGGAGAGCUACCUGGGUGGUGGGAAUCACUGAAGGAAGGGCUUGGCUUGCCUUCUCCACAGAGGAGCAGCACAUGAAGGAUCUCUCUCUUCUCUGCAACGUGCUUUAAUUUAACUUGUGUGUGUUGGAGGGGGUGCGUUUUGACUUUUGUAUGUCUCACUGUUAUUGGUUACAAUACAUUUGAUGACUAUAA